AAACGCAAGUGAGCACGUGUUAUAGCGAACGAUGGCUUCGUUGUUGGGUGCGCUCGUGGCGGGCUUAGUGUCCCUUGAGGGUGCCCUGUUGAUGGCCCUCUUUGGGCUUCUAUACCUCUACGUGGCACGCAGCAUGCGUUACUUUGCUGAUCGUGGUGUACCAUAUGUGCCUCCAACACCUCUUCUCGGUAAUGGCGCUGACUUCCUAACGCGUAAGCGUCACAUCACGGACGUGCUAGGUGGCAUGUAUCAGAAGUUCGCGAAGCAUCGCUUCUUCGGCUACUUCGAUUUUCUCUCACCGAUCUAUGUUGUGCGUGACCUGGAACUGGUGAAGCAGAUCUGCAUCAAAGACUUCGAUCAUUUUGUCAAUCAUCGCAUCCAGCUGGACGAGAACCACGAUCCACUGUUCGGGCGAGCGCUUUUCGCGAUGCGUGACUCGCGUUGGCGUAACAUGCGUGCUGUUCUGAGUCCAGCUUUCACUGGUAGCAAGAUGCGAUUGAUGUUUGGGCUCAUCACAAGCUACUGCGAGGCUGCCGUGCUGACGAUUCGCUCUGAGAUGGACGCCGGCGGACAGGCUGAGCUCGAGAUGAAGGAACUGUUCCGUCGGUUUGGAAACGACAUCGUGGCCACGUGCGCCUUCGGCAUCGAGAUCAACUCGUUCCGGGAUCGUGCAAACGCCUUCUAUACGCUCGGUAAGGAGCUCACCAACCUGGAAGGCCUACAAGGCCUGAAGUUCCUCGCGUUUUCGUCCUUCCCACGGUUGAUGCGCACCCUGCGGUUGCGGCUGUUUAGCGAGAAGAUGACACGCUUCUUCCGACACGUGGUGAUGGACACGAUCGCGCAGCGCGAACAGCGUGGUAUCGUGCGCCACGACAUGAUCAACCUACUGAUGCAGGCGCGCAAGCAGGAGUUGCGAUUCGACGAGAACGACAACGUUGAGACGGGACCUUCCAAGCGCACUAUGGAUUGGACCGACGAUGACGUGACAGCACAGUGCACGGUGUUCUUCUUCGGUGGCUACGACACAGUCUCGACAUUGUCCGCAUUCAUGGCCCACGAGUUGGCUGUUCACCCGGACGUACAGGAACGUCUGCGAGCGGAGAUCGACACCGUGAGGACCGCUCUCGGUGAUACUGAAAAGCUAUCCUACGAGACAUUGCAAGCGAUGCGCUACCUCGACAUGGUGGCGAUGGAGACACUGCGCAAGUGGACCCCAGCGCCUUUCCUGGAUCGAACCUGCACCAAACCGUAUGUGUUGGAGGACUACGACGGCCGCAAAGUACAGCUGCAGAAAGGUGACGGUAUCUGGGUGCCAGCGGCUGCCAUCAUGCGUGACCCGCAACUCUUCCCUGAGCCUGAUCGUUUCUGGCCGGAGCGAUUCUCCGCCGACAGUUCAUCACCAGUCGACUCCUCUGCUAUCCUGGCGUUCGGACUUGGACCACGCAACUGCAUCGGAUCCCGGUUCGCGCUGAUGGAGACGAAGGCCGUGUUCUUCUAUCUGCUCUCACACUUCCGGCUUGAGGCAGGCCCACGUACCCAGCAUCCGAUACAGCUCAAGAAGGCCAGUCUGGCACCGUCAGCCGAGAAUGGCUUCUGGAUUCGGUUCCGGCUGCGCGAGGACCAGCGUACUGUGUAGGCCUUUUUGAGGUGUUUGAUGCCUUUGAGGUCUGCGUCAGUUAAGCCCUGAGCGCACAUCGAUCAACUACGCAAUCAACUCUAUGGCCCAAGAUGACCACGCUUCAUCAUAUCGUCCUGUUACGUAUAAGGCUAGCUUGGCCAACCCAAAUACACCCAUACUCCCAUAUACUACCAAUCACGCCUAAAAGCCGUAUAUAAUUUCUAUCAAAUACUUAUCAAUCCUCCCCCUCCCCUAUACCGGAAUUAUCUGCCGCAUUCAUCUAGGAAUAGGAACGCUAGUAGAAACAACGCCCGAUGGUUCAUCCACGGCACACAUGUCUCAACUGCCUGAUGUCGGUGUCUCCUUCGCAUUCCUACAAGAGCGUGAGAUUGAACAUUGAUUAAGGAUAACGAUCGAGGACCGACAUUCGUUAGAUCACGAAUAGCUACUUACCGUUUAAAAGCGGGCUUCACUGGACAACGGCACAUGUCGCCGACCUUCCCUGUUGGUAUAUGCCAAUGACAUGGUAUAUUCCGGCCAACACCACGGGGAGGUCAGGGAAGGAUUUCGUUGGCCAUUGUUGCUUAUAUCUACCUAACACUACGCUGCUGAUCUUCGUUUUGAGAUACUACUACUGUGUGCUUUUAACUCUCGCCCUGUUGACUUUACUCUUUUUUCUCAUGCAAACAUCAAUGCGAUUCAAUCUAUGGUUUUACUCACUUCAAACUACUAAUGAUCAUAAGAGAGCGGCUUAUUCUCCUUACAGUAGCUUGUGCAUUUUACUAUUGCAAUCAUUUAGUCCUGUUCGAAUGGAUGAGAUAACUAUUUGUAUGGAUACCGCUCAGCAAACUGAGUCUUUUCUUGAUUUAAUAUUGGAAAAAUAAUGUGAAUUUUAUUUUCACCAUGAUGCCAUAGUAUAGUUUCCAAAUUGUUGCAAUAAUAAUAAGACUUUCCACCGUCGAGAAAACUAUUAAAAUAUACGCUAUCCAAUAACUUUAGUAAUAAUGAUAAAAGUCAGCCUUCUAGCCUUUCAGUUGGUUCACACCAAUGGAUCGUGAAUGCUAACUGUUAUUCCCGGGUUCUAAGCACCUUAGCUAAUGGUUGUACUUCAGUUUAUAGAAGUACAACCACCUAGAGAUAAUUUAACUAAUACGAAAGGAAACUCUUGUCUGCUAUUAAUCAAUAAGGAAA